AUGGAAUCCCCCCAAACCACCAUCUCAGGCGAUCUCCCCAUCCGCCUUGCCAGACCGAAGCAGUUAAGCCCUGUGCAGGAAACCGAGGAAUCGACCCAGUCUGUUGAUAUCCAGGGCAUGGCAGGGACUCUUGAGCCCAAGCCCCAGCCGGGCGUCGACCCCAAGUUCCUGGAAGACGAGGCAGCCGGACAGAUAGACGUGUCUACGAUCCUGCCAGAGAACAAGAAAAAGGGCAACAGGAAGCCGAAGAGCAAACGAGGACGAAAUGCUCCUACUGGGUUUGAGGACUUCUAUGCUGAUCCCCCUGUGACGCCUGCCGAGUACCAGGAGCUGCGUGGACUCUACGAUCCUUCACGGUCCUUUGCAGACCGCAUUGACGAGGCGCUGAUGCGCUUCCAGAAGAAUCGUCGUCUGGAUAGCGAGAGAUCCAAUGUGUUCCUGAAGUACCUACAAUACGGCGGGGUGACUGUUGGUCCCAAUGUGGGUGGUGGAGUGGCCGGCCAAGACCUGAAAGCAAUGGACCAGGACGAAGCUCUCCGGGCUCGCAGCGCGACCGCCGUCUUCCUGACCCAGUCAAAGCUGGAAGUGGACUUUAACGAUGUUGUUCGAGGAUAUCUGAGCUCGUAUUUCCCUUUCUACUUCCUGCCCGACGACGAGUACACCAUCAAGUUGGCCACGGUCACCAUUCGGAACUUUCUGUCCUAUCUGCUCCACCAUGAUGUCUGCCCCGAGUACAAGGAUAACAUUGAUCAGGCCAGAAAGAUCUGUGUUCUCGCGGAGAUUGAGUUGUUGAAGAACCAGCAGCUCGUCAGCGCGGGUCCUGGUUACUUUAACCAGUCCUGCUCCAUGCUUUUCGGGGGCUACCACUUCGACAACCCCCCGAACGCCGAGCAAGCAGGCGAACUAAGCUACGAUGCUGCGCGGAAAGUGGCUAAAUUCGCAAUUGCUGGCUGCGGGACGAACGAACAGGCUUCUCGCUUUCGUGCCAUGGCAGACAACGACACUCUCUCGGCAAUGAAAGUCGAAGACAUCGACGGAUUUGAGAUUCUUGGCGUCACCGAGCCCGAUGCUGAGACCAUCGGAUUCUACAAAUCACACGCUUCAGACUUGGUUCCCGUGGGGAAGAUCCACGCCAAAGCGUUUCGCGAUCCCGGUAAGCCAGACCUUGACCUCAGCCCUGAGGAGCGCUGGAAGUGGAACCACGGCAACGAGCCACUGCCCGAGUUUGACUUCUUUCUGGAAGUCGGCCUGCUCUCGUACUGCUAUCCCGGAAUGAAGGUGAUGACUUCUGUUUGGGAGGUUAGCUGCGGGCUGCACUAUUUCGAUGAGAUCAUCUCCGUUUACACGUCUUUCUACACUGUCCUCGGUAAUGAUAUGAUGGUGGAGUGGAAGAAGCCUGUGGACCUUAUGGGCCAGGACGUGGAUGAUGUUGUUGAUGCGCUGUAG